AUGGCGCACGCCCGCCUGAAGAUCGAGGCCGUUGUUUGGAGCCGCCUGGAGGCCGUUGCCCGCUGUCUGGGCGAACUGGAUAAAGUGGUGACCGGCGGUUCCGCCGUGGACCGCUUGAUGAAGGUCCUGCAGCACAUGUACAAAGUGUUGGCAAGCGCGACCAAGCACAAUCAGGCGCCCAAGGGUACAAACCAGGCCCCCCCUAGCAGAGGUUUCCAGAGAUUGGUAUCCGCUGUGCACAGGCACCUCACCAUUAACGUGUACGCGCUCGUGUCUCAGCUAGAGCAGGACGAGGAGCGGGCCAAGGGCCGUACGCAUGCCCAAAUUAGGUGGCUGCAGCAACAGAUACCGCUCCUUGUGUACCUCGUGGAGCAGUGGGAAAAAGGGCUGAUACAGCUCAGCAAGGCCGGCAAGGUAGAUUUGAUGCGCAACGCGAAGAGGAGCACCAACAGGGACUUCAAGAUCCGCAUGAGUCAAUUAGCCGAGGACGAAACUGAUCCUGAAGUCCUGGCAGAUGGCAGAGACGCAGAGGAAGGGGAAGAAGGGGUGGAGGAGGGUGAGGAGGGGAUGGGGAUGGGCGACUGCGGUGGGGAUGGGGGAGAUAUGGAGGAAAAAGAUGAAGGUCGGUAA